GGCAGCUGUCUCCUCCCCGUAGCUCUGUGCCAGGCGGCAGCCAGAGCGGCUGAACCGGUGUAUCAGCAGGGCGGCCCUUCUGACUCCAGCUCUUCCGCAGGGAGGCCCGGGUAGGAAGCCAAGUGUUCGCCGACACCGACUCCACUGCAUCGGGGUCAGGGAGGGGAAUCUCCCACCAACCCUGACCCACCAUACAAUGGCCAGCAACUGUCAGAACGUCAAUGACCUCUACGAGUUUGGAGAGACCCUUGGCAGUGGUCAGUUUGGGACCGUGCGGAAAUGCCAGGAGAAACUGACGCAGAAAUGGUUUGCCGCCAAGUUCAUCAGGGUUCGCCGGAGCCGGGGCAGCCCGUGGGGGGUGGAGAGGGAGGAAGUGCAGCGAGAGGUGACCAUUCUUCAGGACAUGCGACAUCCCAAUAUCGUGACCAUGCACGACGUGUUCGAGAGCCGGGCGGAGAUCGUGCUCAUCCUGGAGCUUGUCACCGGUGGUGAGCUCUUUGAUUAUGUGGCGGACAAGGAGAACCUAAGUGAGGAGGAGGCUAUGGACUUCAUUCUCCAGCUGCUGCAGGCCGUGGGCUAUCUGCACGCAAACCACAUCCUGCACCUCGACCUCAAGCCCGAGAACAUCCUUCUGCGAGAUCGAGGGCUGGACAGACCCCACAUCAAGAUCAUUGACUUCGGCCUGGCCCAGAAGGUGCAGCCGGGAACCGAGGUCCGGAGCCUGGGUGGGACGCCACAGUACAUUGCACCCGAGGUUGUGAACUUUGAGCCACUGGGGCCGCCGGCAGACAUGUGGAGCAUUGGAGUCAUCACCUACAUCCUCCUCAGCGGCUUCUCCCCAUUCCAGGGGGACACAGACAAUGAUACGCUGACAAACAUCAUGGAAGUGAACUACGAGAUGGACGAUGGGAGCUUUGGUUCGACCAGCGACAUGGCGAAGGACUUCAUUGGCAAGCUGCUGCUGGGGGAGCCUGGGGCGCGUCUCACCGCCGAACUCUGCCUCCAGCACCCCUGGAUCAAGCCCGAGACCAGCUGUCAGAGGCUGCUCCGCAGUCGUUCCUCCAUCAACAUCGAGUCGUUCCGCGCCUUCAACGCCCGGCGGCGCUGGAAGAUCUCCUACCAGCUGGUGUCUGCCUGUAACCGACUGCACCGGCGUCUCCGCACCAGAGCUCACCGCCGCCCAGCGCUGGCUGACGUCUUUGUACAGAGGGACUGCGAGAGCGACCACGAGGAGGACAGAGCCCCCACCACGCUCCUCCGCAGGCGCCGAAGCAGCUCCUCGUAGCCGGGUGUGGAACAGCUCCACCUCCAGACCGCGACGGGACGGAGCGGGCGGACCCUCAGGGUGGCCGGGGUGGCCGGGGAGCGAGUACGCGAGAGGUGGGGAGGCAGAGCGAGGAACAGGGCGGUGGAGGAGGGAAG